AGACGUGUUUUUGAAGAAAAUAUAUGUGAGGAGUUAGACAGCCAGCAAAUGAUUCUUUGAAGAAUAUCCCAACUUUUGCAAAACAAAAUUCUUGUUGUUGAGAUGAAUGCCUUGUGGGUUAUUGUAUCUGCUUCUUUUGUCCUCCUUCUAUCCGUAGCUUCAAUUCCUCUUCUCAACAACAAUGGAAAUUACUUGACAUACUUGCUGAACUGGAGAAGUUCUUCAUUUUUAAGUGAAGGGGCAGAUUUGCUGGUGACAAAUGGGACCAUUUAUACCAGCGAUGAAGCUCACCCUUUUGCUGAUUCUAUGGCUAUUGGCAAUGGUAGAAUUCUUCGAGUUGGGAAUUACUCUUCUAUAAAGGAAUUGGCAAAAACUUGGACCAAGGAACUAAAUCUAGACGGAAAGAUUGUGGUCCCUGGAUUUAUUGAUUCCCAUGUGCACUUCAUCCCUGGGGGACUACUGAUGGCACUAGUGGACCUUCGUGGAGUAAAUACAAAAGAUCUUUUUGUAGACAAAAUUAGAAAAGCAGUUGCAAAUGUGAAACAUGGUUCUUGGUUACUGGGUGGCGGUUGGAAUGAUGAUAUUUGGGGAGGUGAUUUACCAAUGGCAUCGUGGAUUGAUAGUAUUACUCCUCAUAAUCCAGUUUGGUUAACAAGGAUGGAUGGUCAUAUGGGCUUAGCUAAUACAUUGGCUCUAACACUUGCUGGAAUUUCACGUAACAAUGAGAAUCCAAAUGGUGGAGCUAUUGUAAGAGAUGAUGACGGGGAACCUACUGGUCUAUUGAUUGAUUCUGCUAUGAAGCUUGUCCUUCACCACAUUCCAGAAGCCACUGUUGAUGAAAGGAGGGAAGCUCUUAAAAGAGCUAGCAAUCAUGCAUUAAAGAGGGGUGUGACAACAGUUGUGGAUUUUGGCAGAUAUUUUCCAGGGGCUUCUCCUGAGCAUUCAUGGGAAGACUUUUCAGAUGUAUAUAAAUGGACAGAUUUAUCAGGAAAUAUGAUGACCAGAGUUUGCUUAUUCUUUCCAAUGGAGACAUGGUCGCGGUUAGUGGAUCUUAUGAGCAAGUCAGGCCGCGUACUGAGCCAAUGGAUUUAUUUGGGCGGUGUCAAGGCUUUUGCUGAUGGAUCUUUAGGAUCUAAUAGUGCAUUAUUCCAUGAGCCAUAUGCUGAUGAUCCAAACAAUUAUGGGUUACAAGUGGUGGAUCAGGAUGGUCUAUACAACAUGACUCUUUCUUCAGAUAAAUUUGGCCUUCAGGUCAGCAUCCAUGCUAUAGGUGACAAAGCUAAUGACUUGAUAUUGGAUAUGUAUGCUUCUUUGCCGUCUGAGAAACAAAUUAGAGACCGACGAUAUAGGAUUGAGCAUGCUCAACAUUUGGCUCCAGGAACAGUGGCUCGUUUUGGUGAACAAUCUGUAAUUGCUUCAGUGCAGCCAGAUCACUUAUUAGAUGAUGCUGAUUCCGCAACUAAAAAAAUUGGUACUGAAAGGGCAGAAAGAGGAUCUUAUUUGUUCAAGUCACUCCUGACAAAUAAUGCACAAUUGGCAUUCGGAUCAGAUUGGCCAGUAGCAGAUAUUAAUCCAUUGAAAAGCAUAAGGACAUCGAUGAAGAGAAUACCUCCUGGUUGGGAAAAGGCUUGGAUUCCAUCAGAGUGCUUGUGUCUCGAAGAUGCGCUAAAAGCGUACACCAUUUCAGCUGCUCAUGCAUGUUUUCUUGAUAAAUAUGUUGGUUCAUUGUCUCCGGGAAAAUAUGCGGAUUUUGUGGUUUUGUCAACUAAUUCAUGGGAAGAGUUUGCAACUGAAGUUAAUGUAGAUAUUGAGGCAACAUAUGUUGGUGGUUCUAAGGCUUACUCCAUAAAAAGCUGAAGAUCAAAAUGAAUAGCACAGGCGACGACAAUUGUGCUGUAUUUGGAUACAUAAAUUUGAAACUGCUGUGCCAGACAAGAAGCGCGAUAUACUAAUUGAUUUUGGCUGGCUUCACUUUUUAUAACGAGUCUUCAAACUGUUAUUAAGGAAUAUGUAAAUUUUAUUAGUGAAAUUUCACACUUGCCUAUGAGCUAUGAGAAAAGAGGUUUCUGGAACAGGUAGUGGGUACCCUGACCAGCUCGUAAGUAGCAUCCCGCUGCUGGUCGGCACAGCGGGGCGUCAAAAGCAAGUCUUUUUGAUUGCCCCUUACAUUAGGCCAUGUGCAACAAACAAAGUACAAGGAUAGCACCGUACCCUCAUAGUCCUCAAUCUUUGGCACAGAAUUGAGACAGGGAGGAGAGGUGAAAGAGAGAUUUUCGAGCCUGCAAGCAGCAAGCAACAACGGCUUUUCCGCCGUUGUGUCUUCGUUCGUGAUCAUGUUGGGCGAAAGGUAAUUGUAGAGGAGCGGAAAGCCACUUGACUGUAAGGAGAGGAGCACCCCCUGUUUUUUUCUUUCCCUCAUAAGCCUAAGCUAAUCGUCUUAGUUCCCUUCAAUUAAAUCAAUAAGCUUUUUGAUUGAUUCAGGGCGCCGCCCCCCUUCUUAGAAUAAAGGAAGAAGCCUAAGAAUCAAAGAAAUAAGGUCUAUUUUCCCACGUAGUUCGUCGGUCAAACCAACGAUUCUCUUCUCAAAGUAAUAGAGAGAGUCUUUUUCUAGUUAGACUUCUAUCAAUGGAAUGAAAGAACCAUCCCUUCCUAUUUCUUUGUUUGUAUUGUGUAACUUUGCUGUACUGGAAUGUACAUGUUUUAAAUCCAUUAUCUCA